GAUGGGGAAAAAACAGUGGUCCAGUUUGGAAAUCAUCCUUUUGGUCCUGUUUGUCUUGAUGACCAUAGUGGCCAUCACUAUGAUCGUACUUUUUGUCACUGGAGAACCUGGUGUCAUUUGUGAUGAUUCUACAGAUGUAUUUGUUCCUCAGUGUCCUAACAUUUCUUUGGCUGAAAGAGUGGACUGUUAUCCGGAUGCUGGAGCUUCAAUGCUGGGAUGUGAGCAGCGUGGCUGUUGCUGGGCUCCUCUGGAUGAGCGAAAUGUUCCCUGGUGUUUUUUCCCAACCAACCACGGAUACACUGUGCACUCAGUACAAAGCCCCAACUCCUAUGAGCUUCAUGCUGAAAUGAAGAGAAUGGCCUCUCCCUCUCUGUUUGGUGCCGACAUACAGGAGCUGACACUGCACGCAGAAAUGCAGACAAGCAAUCGACUUCAUUUUAAGAUCUACGAUUCCAAAAGCAAGAGGUUCGAGGUCCCACAUGAGCACAUCCGAACAGUCAAAAGCAACCCCACCAGCCCUAUCAGUGACACACUUGAGAUCACAAACAACCCCUUUGGUCUGACUGUACGCAGAAAGGAGAACAAGAAAGUCCUGUUUGACACCACAAUGGCUCCACUUGUGUUUGCGGACCAGUACAUACAGCUGUCUGCUAGGCUGCCAUCUCACAACAUCUAUGGCCUGGGUGAACAUGUACAUCAGAGAUAUCUCCAUGACACGAACUGGAGAACUUGGCCCAUUUUUGCAAGAGAUGCUUUCCCUAAUGGGGGAACACACAACCUCUAUGGACACUAUCCCUUCUUCCUCUGUCUGGAAGAUGAGAGCGGAAAGUCAUUUGGGGUGUUUCUGCUCAACAGCAAUGCCAUGGAGGUGACGCUGCAGCCUGCCCCAGCAGUGACCUACAGGACCAUCGGAGGAAUCCUUGACUUCUACAUUGUGUUUGGGGACACACCUGAACUCGUGGUGCAGGAGUUCCUUGAGCUCAUUGGCAGGCCUGUCAUUCCUACCUACUGGUCCCUGGGCUUUCAACUUUCUCGGUGGAACUACGGGAACCUCACUGAAGUCAAGGCCACAGUGGAGAGGAAUCGGGCUGUGGACCUCCCAUAUGACAUUCAGUACACUGACAUAGACUACAUGGAGGACAAGAAAGAUUUCACUUAUGACAAAGUGAACUUCCAGGAGUUGCCUCAGUUUGCUGACUACCUCCAUGAAAAAGGACAGAGGUACAUCCUUAUCUUGGAUCCUGCAAUAGCCACCAGUAAAAGGGUAGGGGGUGCUCCAUAUGAGUCGUAUGACCGUGGUGAAGAGAAGAGUGCUUGGGUCUUUCAGUCAGAUGGAAAAAAUCCUCUUGUAGGAGAGGUUUGGCCAGGAGAAACGGUAUUCCCAGAUUACACCAGCCAGAACUGCAUCGACUGGUGGGUAGAUGAGUAUGAACGACUCUACCAGGAGAUCAAACACGAUGCCCUCUGGAUUGACAUGAACGAAGUGGCUAACUUCAAGAAAGGCUCACAAAAUGGCUGUGUUGAUAACAAACUCAACUACCCUCCCUACACUCCAAAGAUUCUGGAUGAGGUGAUGUACAGUAAGACCCUCUGUAUGGAUGCCAAGCAGGCUUGGGGAGACCACUAUGAUGUCCACAGUUUGUACGGCUACUCUAUGGUGCUGGCCACUGAUAAAGCCCUGAAACGUGUGUUCGGGUCAAACCGUACGCUGAUGCUGACACGCUCCUCCUUCCCAGGUGUGGGGAAAUAUUCAGGGCAUUGGCUGGGUGACAAUGGUGCCAACUGGAACGACAUAAAAUGGGCUAUUCCUGGCAUGCUGGAGUUUGGGCUUUUUGGAAUUCCCUAUAUUGGAGCUGACAUCUGUGGAUUCUUUGAUGACUCAAGUGAAGAGUUGUGCCGUCGCUGGAUGCAGGUUGGGGCUUUCUAUCCCUUCAGUCGGAACCACAACGCUGAGGGCUACAAGCCCCAGGAUCCCGCUUUUUACGGCGCCGACUCAGUGCUGCUGAGGAGCUCCAAGCAUUACCUGACGAUACGUUACACUCUCCUGCCUUACCUCUAUACACUCUUCUACAAAGCCCACACCACAGGGGAGACCGUUGUACGUCCUCUUGUACAUGAGUUCUACUCUGACUCCAACACCUGGGAAGUGGAUCACCAGUUUCUCUGGGGAAAACAUCUGCUCAUCACACCUGUGCUUGAUCCGGGUACGGACAUAAUCAAGGCAUAUAUUCCAGAUGCAGUGUGGUAUGACUAUGAAACGAUGGAACGUAUCAGCAACCGCAAAAACCAUGUUGAUAUGCAUCUACCUGCUGAUAAGCUUGGCCUACACAUCAGAGGAGGUGCUAUCCUUCCUACGCAGAAACCUGAAGUCACCACAACAUACAGUCGGCGUAACCCAAUGGGUCUGAUUGUUGCUCUUGAUGACAACAACCAAGCAGCUGGAGAGCUAUUCUGGGAUGAUGGAGAUUCCCGAGAUACUGUUGAAAAUGGCAACUACGUCCACUACCAGUUCUCUUUUGUCAAUGGAAACCUGACGUUACAAGUGACCACGGCUGACUACAAGGAUCCAAAUAAUCUUAAGUUUGAGAACAUAACUUUCUUGGGAGUGCCUCUUCCUCCCACUUCUGUUUCUGUGACUCACAUCCCCACUGAAGGUGGUCCAGCCAAAACUACAGUACUGCCAAACUCCAGCUUUGACCAUGAUGCAGCCAAGCAGGUGCUUUUCCUGUACAGCUUGUCCCUGACCCUCGGCGAGAGCUACACAAUUCAUUGGGAAAUAAACGAAGAGCUUCAGCGUUUUGACUGCUAUCCAGAGGGGAAUGCAGAUGAAACCAAAUGCAAGGAGAGGGGCUGUCUGUGGAAACAAAGUACUACUGAGGGGGUUCCUUGGUGUUACUAUCCAAGUGACUAUGGUUACACUGUUACAACAAGUAAUGAAACCAGUUCUGGCAUCACACUUGAUAUCACUCGGAAUAUGAAGUACAGGAGCAGCGGCCGAUCAGACUCACCAGAUGUCGACAACCUCCGUGUCCAGAUUUGGUAUCAUACCAGCAACAUGCUUCAGUUCAAAAUUUGGGACCCAACAAAUGAACGCUUUGAGGUACCAGUGCCACUGUCAGUUCCUUCAACUCCUGACACAGAUGAGAGCAAAAGGCUUUACAGGGUCUUAGUCUCUCAGAAGCCCUUUGGCAUCCAGGUCAUAAGAGACAGCACAGGAACAAAGAUCUGGGACUCCACUCUGCCAGGUUUUACCUUCUCAGACAUGUUCAUCCAAGUGUCAACUAGACUGUCAUCACUCUUUGUCUAUGGCUUUGGAGAAACAGAGCAUCCCACCUAUAAACAUGAUCUCAACUAUCAUACCUGGGGGAUGUUUUCCAAGGACCAGCCUCCUGGUUACAAGAUGAAUUGCUAUGGAGUGCAUCCCUUCUACAUGGGCCUUGAGGACACUGCUGAUGCUCACGGGGUGCUGUUGCUAAACAGUAAUGCAAUGGAUGUCACUUUCCAGCCAACUCCAGCUUUGACCUAUCGCACUCUUGGAGGCAUCUUGGAUUUCUACAUGGUGCUGGGACCAACACCUGAGAUGGUUGUGCAGGAGUACACUGCACUGAUUGGACGACCUGUUCUACCUGCCUACUGGUCCCUCGGGUUUCAGCUUUGUCGUUAUGGUUAUGCCAAUGACUCAGAAAUAGAGCAGCUAUACAGUGAAAUGAUAGCAGCUGGUAUGCCUUAUGAUGUACAAUACGCCGACAUUGACUAUAUGGAGCGUCAACUAGACUUUAAAUUGGAUGAAGUGAAUUUUCCAGGACUGCCAAAACUGGUUGACAGAAUGAGAGGAGAAGGCAUGAGGUUCAUCUUUAUGCUGGAUCCAGCCAUUUCAGGCAAUGAAACAGAUUACCCUGCUUUUGACAGAGGGAUAGCAGCUGAUGUUUUCAUCAAAUAUCCCAGUGAUCUGGGUGGCAACAUUGUGUGGGGAAAGGUCUGGCCUGAUUUGCCAAAUGUCACAGUAAAUGAAGAUCUUGACUGGGACACCCAAGUAGAGAUAUAUCGGUCAUACACCGCAUUCCCAGACUUCUUCCGUACUCAAACAGCAACAUGGUGGAAACAAGAAAUCAAGGAUUUCUAUGAUAAAAUGAAGUUUGAUGGUCUGUGGAUUGACAUGAAUGAACCUGCAAGUUUUGUCCACGGCACAGUUGGUGGCAUCUGUCUGGGUAAUCCCCUUCUAGAGAAUCCUCCAUAUAUGCCACCUCUGGAGUCCAAACAAAUGGGCUUGAACCAUAAGACUCUUUGUAUGAAUAGCGAACAGACACUCACCAAUGGGAAGAAAGUCAGCCAUUAUGACGUUCACAACCUCUAUGGAUGGUCUCACACCAAACCUACCUAUGAUGCUUUGCUGGAAGUGACUGGUAAGAGAGGAAUAGUUGUGACUAGGUCUACCUACCCAACAAGUGGGAAAUGGGCAGGACAUUGGCUGGGAGACAACAACUCUAGCUGGGACCAGCUGUACAAAUCCAUCAUAGGCAUGCUGGAAUUUAGUCUGUUCGGCAUUUCUUAUACUGGCGCAGACAUAUGCGGGUUCUUUAACAAAGCUGAGUAUGAGAUGUGUCUUCGCUGGAUGCAGCUGGGUGCCUUCUAUCCAUAUUCCCGUAACCACAAUGGCAAGGGCAACCCAAGACAAGAUCCUGUUAGCUGGGAUAAGAAAUUUACCGAGGCAUCCCGGGACGUCUUGAACAUCCGUUAUACCCUCCUGCCUUACCUAUACGUGCUGAUGUUUGAGUCACACACUAAAGGAAGCACAGUUGUCAGACCCCUACUACAUGAGUUUGUAAAAGACAAAGCUACAUGGGACAUCCACACACAGUUUCUCUGGGGACCUGCCCUCCUUAUCAGCCCUGCCCUAGGCCCAGGAGUUACAGUGGUAGAAGGCUAUCUUCCAAAUGCACGUUGGUAUGACUACCACACAGCCAAGGAUGUUAAUAUGCGUGCCACAAAAGUCAACAUGACCACACCAUUGAACCAUAUUAACCUUCAUGUGAGAGGCGGAUAUAUCCUACCCUGGCAGAAACCAGAGAACAAUACAUUUUACAGUCGAAAGAAUCCUUUGGGACUCAUCGUUGCCCUGAGUGACUCUGGUACUGCUCAAGGAUCGUUCUUCUGGGACGACGGAGAAGGAAUAGACACAGUUGGAAGAAACCAAUAUCUCCAUACCACCUUUUCAGCAGAAGGGAAAACCUUGUCCAGUGCGGUUGUUCACAACGGUCUAGUCGCUGCUGAUUAUGUAAACCUGGGUUUGGUGAAGGUUUGGGGAGCUGGCACUGUGAAGGUCACAGGGGCAACCCUAACAGACUAUGAAGGAUUGCAGCAUUCACUCAAUGUGCAGCACAACACCGACACUGAGGAGCUGAUUAUUGAUGCUACCUCAAAGGCUGUACCUCUGCAUUCUUCUUUCAGUAUAAUAUGGAGAACUGGCUGAAAGCCAUACUUGUCUAUUUUGCUAUUAAAUGAUUCGUGUACAUACUGAUCCAAUAAGACAAAUCUUAAUUUGAAACAAAAUAUUUAUAUUACAUUAAAUACCAAACCUUAAUCUAUUGUAUCAGUGCCGACUCUGUUUUAAGAAAGAUCUGAAACAGUUUUUUCAUAAGUGUGCCUUAAAAUGAAAUGUUUGAAACAUAAAAAUAUGUGAUGAAUAAAAUCUGUAAUAUUUUACAAACA